AUGCGUUUUACUACAGCUCUCGUCUCCGCGGCCCUUCUUGCAGUCGCUCAAGCCGGUGUUCCCGCCGUGAGCCUUGAGUUUCAAUCUUGGGAGACCUGCGAUAUCGGUGCUCCAGCUCAAGGUCAACCCAAGUCCAGCGCCAGUCUUGUCGCUACGUCUGUGACUUGUGAGAAGACCACCGUCAACCGUGACUGGAGCGUCGACAACUAUUCGUUCAAGGCCCAUCUUGCCACCAAGGAAUCCGUCUUCUGCAGCGGCAUUUACGUCUGGAACAACGCCGACUGCUCCGGCGAUAUCGACUACUUUAUGCCCCUGGACCACAAGCCCGUUGUCCAGGGCGUCUGCCUCCCUGAUUUCUUGGAUCCUGGCUUCGUUUCCUUCAAGCUUGAGUGCGGCCACGCUGGUUUCCCCGGUGGCGAGCUUGGCCCCGGUGGUGCUGGUGGUGAAGGGGGCGAUGCUGAUGAUGCCAACUCUGGCUUUUAA